GGAUCAGCAGGUAGGUGGAGCCAGCACAUUUUGCAAAUCUUACGCAAGAAUCGCGGAAUCCUGAUCAACCGCAGAGAGGCAAUAAUGUGGGCGAUGGUGUGUCGGUGUUACUCCUGUGUUUUUUCCAAGGUAGAGUGCUAAAGAGAGAUGGGCGUGACAACGGGCUGUCUGGACCACGAAUAGUCUCCGGGAGGAAAGAGCAUCUCGCAGUCUCCGAUGUACCCGAUGACAACGGAGAGGCAAUGCCGACUGUCCGGUCCAAUGGUUGUUCCAUCCAACAUACCUUCGCAGGUGGUGUUUUAACAACGGCACGACGUCCGAUAUUGAGGCCGCACGGGGAUUGACACAAUCCAAAAGGGAAUAAAAAAUCUAACGGACCUCCUUCGGCACACAUUAGCGGGACAAUGACCCAACAUCCCUCCAGGCUGUGUGAGGGCUAUUUGACCAAGAAGGAGAGUGAUGGAGUGCUGCAUCAGAUUACAUGGCCUCCACAAUCACCCGACCUCAACCCAAUUGAGAUGGUUUGGGAUAAGUUGGACCGCAGAGUGAAGAAAAAUCAGCUAACAAGCGCUCAGCAUAUGUUGUGGCAGUGGGUUGAUUACAAAGUGCGUGGCAGAGAACAGCUGUGAGCCCACAUUGUGGCCGGCGGGCAUGGUUUUGGAGGGUAGCUCGGAGGCCCUGUGUCCCCCGCCCUCACUGGAGCUGCGCCCGUCCUGCAACAAGAGCCAGCCCUCGCCUCCCCUGGGCUCAUGCUCCACGCCCCACGACGGACUCUUCCCCGGGGACAAGGAGCCCGUCAAAUACGGGGAGCUCAUCGUCUUAGGGCACAAUGGUUCCUUGGCCAAUGGGGAUAAGGGGCGAAGGAGAAGUCGCCUGGCCCUCUACAAGAGACCCAAAGCCAACGGGGUCAAACCUGAUGUCAUCCACAAUGUCUCGACCCCUCUGGUGUCAAAGCAUCGACAGGCCCUCAGCAACAAAAGCCAGCACAGCAUCUCCUACACCCUGUCCAGGAGUCACUCGGUCAUUGUAGAGUACACUCAUGACACCAACACAGACAUGUUUCAGAUCGGGCGUUCUACAGAGAGCAUGAUUGACUUUGUGGUGACGGACACAGCGGGCAGCAGCACCAGUGGUGGUGGCGGUGGGUGGCAGGUCCAGGGGGCGGCAGGCGAGGGGGUCGGAGGAGGGGGGCAGUCAGCCCAGAGCACAAUCUCCCGCUACGCGUGCCGUAUCAUGUGCGAACGCAGCGCCCCGUACACGGCCCGCAUCUACGCCGCCGGCUUCGACUCCUCCAAAAACAUCUUCCUGGGGGAGCGGGCUGCCAAAUGGCGAACGUCAGACGGCUUGAUGGACGGCCUGACCACCAAUGGCGUGUUGGUGAUGCACCCGGCGGGAGAUUUUGUGUCGGAGCCGGCGCCAGGCGUGUGGCGGGAGAUCUCGGUGUGCGGGAACGUCUUCGCCCUGCGGGAGACGCGCUCGGCCCAACAGAGGGGAAAAUUGGUGGAGAAUGAAUCCAACACCCUGCAGGACGGCUCUCUGAUUGACCUGUGCGGCGCCACCCUCCUGUGGCGUACCCCGACGGGCCUGCGCCGCACCCCCACCCUCAAGCAGCUGGAGUCCCUCCGCCAGGAGCUGAAUGCCGCCCGGCCCCAGUGCCCCGUGGGUUUCAACACCCUGGCCUUCCCCAGCCUGGCCCGGCGAGAGAUUGUUGACAAGAAGCAGCCCUGGGUCUAUGUCAACUGUGGUCACGUGCACGGCUACCACAACUGGGGCUACCGGAAAGACAAGGGCCACAACGUGGGCCCCGGGGGGACGGCUCCGGCGAGUACCGGGGAGAGGGAGUGCCCCAUGUGCCGGCGCGUGGGCCCCUACGUGCCCCUGUGGCUUGGCUGCGAGGGCGGGCUGUACCUGGACGCUGGGCCACCGACACACGCCUUCUGCCCCUGCGGCCACGUGUGCUCUGAAAAAACUGUGGCGGGCUGGAGCCAAAUCCCGCUGCCGCACGGAACUCACGCCUUCCACGCCGCAUGCCCCUUCUGCGGCACCUGGCUGACUGGCGAGCAGGGGCACAUCAAACUCAUCUUUCAGGGGCCCGUCGACUGAGGCUGGAGCUGAGUGGCUGAGAUAGGGGGCAGGGUAGAGGGAAGGUGGACUGGGGAAAUGUCUAAAAGGACUGUCUAUAAGGAAAAGUGAAGGGACAAGAAUAGCAAAGACUGUCGAAAUGACGAUGGACUGAACUGAAGAAAAGAGGCAAACGUGAUGGAAGUAGAUGAUGCAUAAAUGGCAUUUGAGUUGUAUUUGGGGAAGAUAUAAAUAAAAGGUGUUGAAAUGAA